AUGCUUUUCUUCAAGAAGAUGGAACAAACAGGGUUGAGUGUGACUUACCGUGGCCCGAGACAGACCGAGAGCUGGGAUCGAUGUCUUGUGGUGAAUUUCUCAUCAUUGCAAGGGAUCAAGACGCUUCCUGCGCAAAAUACGUGCUUGAGGCCCAUUAGCGCGUUUCAGGGGGGCUAUGACGCAGUGAUGGUCGACAAAGAGAAGCGGAAGGUGAUGUUUGUACAAGCAACGAUCGCACAGAAACACUCUUUCAAACUCUCUUUCUUCUUGAAGGCUCUGAAAGCGCUUAACAUCCCGGAAGGUGGGGAGUGGAAGGUGGAGGUUGUUUUCCUGAUUCCGGUUGAGGAGCUUGCAAGGUUUGAGAUCAAACCCAUCGAAGACAGCGGGGCGCUAAAGGAUUACGGAUGGAAGAGAGGAGAGGAGGCAAUGCAAGCAGAAGUAGCAGGGAUUUCUAUCUUAUAG